AUGCUUCCCCAACGAAUCGUAAGGGCUUCGGCUCUGCGAUCGGCUUCCCUAGUAGCACACAGACUACCCAUUAUUCAGCAACGUACAUUCCUUCCGCCCUCGCUCACCAAUCGCGCUAUCACCGAAGAGAAGUUCCCAGACCAGCGACAACUCACGGAUGCUGAAGAUCCGGACAUUAACGGUGGCUACAUCAACCCACCACGAGUCAAGCGACAGUUCCGCGAUCCCCAUGGAGACUGGUGGGACAAACAAGAGCGACGCAACUAUGGCGAAGCCGUUCAUGAGGAUAACGAUGUUCUCGGCAUAUUCUCUACCUACGAAUAUACCUGGGUCACUCCCGGCAAGGGAAUACUGCAAAUUGGCGCAUUCAUCGCAACCGUCGUGGGUGUUUGCUGGGUGGUCGGAAGGUUAUACCCUGACAAGCCAUCGUACCCACGAGAGUUUGAAGGUGGAUUAGAACGAGAACUAGGUGGUUCAGGCACUGUGAGAGCGAGAGCUCCUGGUGACCCGGAGCCAUACCAGGUGGCGGAAGUGGAAGAGGACGAUUAA